AUGGCUCCAAUCAAGCGCAAGGGCGCCUCUGCCGAGGAGGCUGCAUCUGCCCGUCAAUCUCAAAAACGUGUACGAGUUGGGGCAGAAGAGCGCAAGGAUCAGAAGAAACAAAAGACAGGCGCUUCCGGUGAAGGCAAGACAAAACCUGACGCAGGUUCGGGCCCCAAGGCUUCAGAGCUCACAGUCUUACGUGACGACGAACCAUCUUUCCCUCGUGGUGGAGGUAGUGUCUUGACACCUCUUGAACGAAAGCAAAUUCAAAUUCAAGCCACAAAAGAUGUUCUCUUCGAGCAGAAGGCGACUAAGGGUUCUUCUAAAAAUGAUGAGCAUGACGAAGAUGCAGAGAUGGAAGAUGUGGACGACACUACAGCGACAGCUACGAAGAAGUCUCGUAAGCGCAAGACCAAAAGCAAGAAAAGUGCAGAUGAAGCGCAAGACAAGCAGGGUGUGCGAAUUGAAGGCCUCAACUUCAAGCGUGUUGUGCCCGGGACCAUGGUGCUAGGUCAAGUCUCAAGCAUCAGUGCACACGACAUCGGUCUUUCUUUACCGAAUAACCUUACCGGUUACGUUCCCUUAACAGCGGUCUCGAAAAGAUUAGAAGAGAAGAUUGAGAAUCUUCUAAAUGAAGACGAAAAUGCUGAAGAGGAUGAUGACGAUGAUGAUGACGAUGAAGAUUCUAUUGAUUUGAGCGAUUAUUUCUAUUUGGGCCAAUAUCUACGCGCAUACGUUGUGUCUGUUGGAAACAAUGCGGCGGAUGCUAGCUCCAAGAGUAGGAAACGCAUCGAGCUCACGGUCGACCCGAGGCAAGCUAAUUUUGGACUUUUAAAAUCCGACCUCGUCGACAACACUGCCGUUCAAGCGUCGGUUGUGAGCGUCGAAGACCACGGUCUGGUUAUGGACUUGGGGAUUGAGGGCGCCGACAUCAAGGGCUUCAUGUCCAAGAAGGAAAUUGAUCCUAAGACGGAUUACUCGACUAUUAAGGAAGGUUCAGUUUUCCUCUGUAUGGUCACUGGCCAGAACGCCAACGGUAAUGUUUUGAAGCUGUCCGCCAACCUGCAAUCUUCCGGAUCUAUAAAGAAGUCGCAUUAUCUCAGCACAGCGCCUACGAUCAACUCCUUCCUUCCAGGCACAGCAGCUGAAAUCCUUUUGACUGAAGUCACGUCUAGCGGAGCCACUGGAAAGAUAAUGGGCAUGUUAGAUACAACUGUGGAUUUGGUGCAGUCUGGUGGAAACUCGAGCCCCGACGAUCUGGCUAAUAAAUAUAAGAUCGGUGCCAAAGUUAAGGGUCGCCUUAUUUCCACCUUCCCGGCCUCCGAUCCGUACAAGGUCGGCUUUUCAUUGCUCGAUCAUGUCUGCAAAUUUACUUCCGAAACUCAAGGGCCUGGAAGUUCUGAAGAUGCCCCAGCCAUUUCUGCUAUCGUACCUGAGGCGAAGGUGAUCAAGGUUGAUCCUGGUCUCGGAGUCUACGUACAAAUUGGAUCAACAAAACAUGUGGGAUUCGUUCAUGUGUCGAAGCUAGCAGAUGGGCAGGUUGAAAGUAUUUCUGCCGAAUACGGGCCAUUCCGGACGGAUUCCACCCAUGAAGGAAGGGUUGUUGGUUACAGUGCCCUCGAUAACUUGUAUCUCUUGUCAUUUGAGAGAUCGGUUAUUGACCAGCCUUUCCUUCGUAUCGAAGAUGUUACUAUUGGCGCGGUCGUCAAGGGCAAAAUCGAGAAGCUGCUUAUCGGACCAAGCGGAUUAGAUGGCUUGAUUGUCGCUUUGGCUGACGGUAUCACAGGUCUUGUCCCAUCGAUGCACUUUGCGGACACGGCCCUUCAGUUCCCCGAGAAGAAAUUCAGGGAAGGAAUGACUGUUUCGGCUAGGAUUCUAUCAGUCAAUCCAGAGAAACGCCAGAUUCGACUUACUCUAAAGAAGAGUCUGCUGAACAGUGAAUCCGCCAUUUGGAAAGAUUACGACAGCAUCGUUGCCGGAGCACAGUCCCCUGGAACUAUCGUGAACCUGAAGCCACAUGGUGCUGUGGUUCAGUUCUACGGUUCCGUGCGAGGUUUCCUUCCCGUUUCAGAGAUGAGCGAGGCCUACAUCAAGGACCCGUCUCAGCACUUUAGGUUAGGCCAGGUGGUGAAUGUCCACGCACUUAGUGUGGAUUCGUCUCUUGAAAAGCUCGCUGUGUCCUGCAAGGAUCCUUCCACUUUUACCGAGACCUACAAAAAAGCUUUUGAGAGCAUUCACCCUGGCUUGCUUGUUACUGGAACGGUCUUCGAGAAGUCGAGCGACGACCUACUUCUUAAAUUGGAUGACUAUGGACUCGUAGCUCGGUUGAACCUCGAUCAUGUAGUCGAUGGCUCCCCUUCUAAACAGAGCUCCACUCUAUCGAAAAUUCGUGUUGGCCAAAAGCUCAAUGAAUUGCUCGUCCUCGAUAUCCAGCGGACUCGCAGGCUCAUUAGAGUGUCAGGCAGAGCAAGUCUCAAGAAAGCUGCCAAGCAGGGACUUAUCCCAGCAAGCUUUGAGGAUGUCCAGGAAGGGGCCGAAGUUACUGGCUUCGUUCGGAACAUAACAAUGACCGGAGUAUUCGUUGAGUUCUUAGGUGGUGUCAUCGGACUAGUGCCCAAACGACUUGUUGGUGACGAAAAUUUGAACAAGCCAGAUUUUGGCUUGACCAAGUCACAAGUAGUCUCAGCAACGGUACAUUCCGUCGAUCCCGAUUUCCGCAGGUUCAUCCUGAGCAGAAACCCUGCCGAGGCAACCCAAGCUGGUCCUAAAAAGCCAGCCGCGAAGUCCGCUGUCAAGAGCGCCCCUUCUGAUGACAUUGUUACCAACGCUAUCGACGACAGUGUCAAUUCGAUGUCUGAUUUCAGUUUUGGGAGGGUUACUAAGUGCAAGAUCGUUUCCGUGAAGGCGACACAGAUCAACGUUCAGCUAGCCGACAACAUUCAGGGCCGGAUCGAUGUCUCCGAAGUUUUCGAUAGUUGGGAGGAUAUCAAAGACCGGAAGCAGCCUUUGCGGUUCUUCCGUCCCAAGCAACUUAUUUCGGCGAGAAUUUUAGGUGUUCAUGACGCUCGCAGCCACAAGUUCCUUCCGAUAAGUCAUCGUACUGGGAAGUUCCCCGUUUUUGAGCUUUCCGUAAAGCCAAGCUUCCUUCAGGCCGCCGAUCCUCUCCCUCUGAACCUGGAACAAGUUCAAGUUGGCUCGUCGUGGUUGGGUUUCAUCAACAACAUUGCUGAUAAUUGCCUCUGGGUCAACCUGUCCCCUAACGUUCGGGGUAGAUUGCGCCUCAUGGAUGCAUCUGAUGACUUGUCUCUAUUAGCCGAUGUGGAAAAGCACUUCCCUAUAGGGUCUGCCUUGAGAGUCAAUGUCUCUGCGGUGGAUAUCGAGAAAGGCCGCUUAGAUCUCUCGGCUAAGAAGGGCUCUGAGACUCUUUCCUUGGAUGAUAUCACCGUCGGCAUGAUCUUGCCGGGAAGAGUCACCAAGGUCACUGAAAGGCAGGUCAUUAUGCAAUUGACCGAUACUAUAGUCGGUGCAGUUGAUAUGAUCGACUUGACAGACGACUACUCCAAGGCAAACCCCACAAUCUACCACAAGAAUGAGGUGCUCCGCGCUUGUGUCAUCUCUGUUGAUAAAGCUAACAAGAAGAUCUCCCUGUCCCUCCGUCCUUCUAAGGUCCUUAGUUCAUCGCUCCCCGUUCAAGAUCCCGAAAUCACUUCAAUGGAGCAGGUUAAGGUUAAUGAUGUUGUGCGAGGCUUCGUACGGAAGGUGGCUGAUAAUGGGCUCUUUGUGACACUGGGCCACGGUGUAACUGCUUAUGUCCGUGUAUCUGAUCUCUCAGACUCUUACCUUAAGGAGUGGAAGGAUUCUUUCCAGGUUGACCAACUAGUGAAGGGUCGCGUCACUGUCGUAGACCCAGAACAGGGCAGGUUGCAAAUCUGCCUGAAAGAGUCUGUUUUAGACCCCAACUACAAGGCACCGGUCAAACUCCAUGAUCUCAAGCCUGGCCAAAUUGUCACCGGCAAGAUCCGUAAAGUCGAGGAGUUCGGCGCAUUCAUCGUUGUUGAUGGUUCUGCAAACAUCAGUGGCCUUUGCCAUCGCAGCGAGAUGGCUGAGAAUCGGGUUGAUGAUGCCCGGACUGUGUAUGACGAGGGCGAUGCUGUUAAGGCCAAGAUCCUCAAGAUUGACCGCAAGCAAGGAAAGAUAUCUUUCGGACUGAAGGCUUCUUAUUUCAAGGAUGAAGACGAGAACGAUGUUGAAGGCAGCGACAAUGAUGAUGAGGAUGACGAUUCCGAAGGCAUUAGUCUAGAUGGCUUCGGUGGUGUCGAUGUAGAUGAAAAUGAUAGCGACGAUGACAGCGACAUCUCCAUGGGAGGAGUUGAUGUUGAAGAGGACAGUGAGAGUGAUUCCGAACAAAGUGACGAUGAAUCUAUUACCAAAGCUCCAUCAAACAGACAGGGAGGUCUCGGAGCAAGCGGCUUCGAUUGGAGUGGCAAUGUAAUGGACGAUGAUGAGAAGGCCGCUUCGUCCGAUUCUGAUGACGAAGAUGAGUCAGGGCGGAAGAAGAAGAAGAAACACCGCAAGCCUGAGAUACAGGUCGACCGAACUGGUGAAUUAGACGCCAAUGGGCCACAAUCAGUGGCUGAUUACGAGCGACUCUUGCUUGGUGAACCCGAUUCAUCACUCCUUUGGCUGAGGUACAUGGCCUUCCAACUGGAGCUUGGUGAAGUCGAGAAGGCAAGGGAGAUUGCCGAGCGUGCUCUUCGCACCAUUACCAUUGGCCAAGACGCUGAAAAGCUGAACAUUUGGGUGGCAAUGCUCAACUUAGAAAAUACUUAUGGCAACGAUGACACUAUUGACGAGGUGUUCAAGCGGGCUUGUCAAUACAACGACACUCAGGAAGUCUAUGAGCGUCUCAUCAGCAUUUACAUCCAGUCUGGAAAGAAUGAGAAAGCGGAUGAGCUCUUCCAGACUGCUCUUAAGAAGAAGAUCUCCCAGUCGCCCAAGUUCUUCCUGAACUACGCCAGCUUCCUGUUUGACAAUAUGGCUGCUCCCGAACGUGGACGUGCCCUUCUGCCUCGCGCUCUGCAGUCGCUUCCUUCUCACACUCACGUCGAAACUACAUCCAAGUUCGCACAGCUGGAGUUCCGCUCUGAGCACGGAGAUGUUGAGCGUGGCCGCACAGUGUUCGAGGGUCUCCUCUCUUCGUUCCCUAAACGGAUUGAUUUGUGGAACAUCCUUUUGGAUUUGGAGAUCAAGAAUGGUGAUGCCGAGCAGGUCCGUCGGUUAUUCGAACGUGUACUUGGCAUCCGGGACUCCAAGAAGGGCGUCGCGUCUGUGGAAGCGAGCAAGAAACUCCGGCCCAAGCAGGCGCGGUUCUUUUUCAAGAAAUGGCUUGCUUUUGAGGAGAAGCUUGCAGCAGCUGAUGGUGGUAAUGAAAAGAUGGUGGAAGACAUCAAAGCGAAGGCAGCAGAUUAUGUCAAGUCUCUGCAGCAAGAGUAG